GUGGCGGGCGCCGAUGGCCGUGCCUGGCGGGGAGGCCGCGCCGUUACUCCGCGACUCGCGCGCGUCGCACGGCGGUGCUGCGUUGAGGGGGCCCCCGCAUUUGCAAGCGCUGCCCUCGCCGUGACGCCGAUUGACAUCCCCGCCCGCCCGCGCGUGCGAUGACGAAGACGGCAACGACGGUGGGAGGUGGACACGAAGCGGCGCCGUGAAAGCCGUGACAAAACGACGACGGAGGAGGAGGCGGCGGCGGCCCCCGCAGCUUUCCAGUGAGCCCAUGCAGAAAUGAUGCCAAAACCGGCUUCCAAAACGUCUGUGAGAAUCACUCCGGAAGAUCGAGCCCGUGAAUUUAGCGGAGUCUUUCACGCCAGCGGGAAGCAGCUCAUCUGCAGCUCCUGUAACAUCCCCGUGGAUCACACCAGGAAAGCCAGCCUGGAGAAGCAUCUCAUCACGGCCAAACAUCGACGCCGCCUCGGCCUGUACACCAUUAGCGAGGAGAAGCCGUCUAAGAAGCCUCGAGUGGUCAAAACCGAAGUCGCUCCCCAGCCGCAGCGAAGUGGCAAUCGCCUGGAGCCCGUUCUCAAGCUCGUGCAAGCGUUUGCCGAGGCGAACAUUCCCAUCGGUAAAAUAGACCAUCCGGCUCUGCAUGCCUUUCUAGAGCAAAACGUGAAAAAGGUUGGUGUGCUUCCGGAGGCAUCCGUCCUGCGGAACAUGUAUUCUCAGAAAGUGUAUGAGCUGCAUGUGAAGGAGCUCACGGAGAAGUUCGGCCGCUGCCACAAUGUGGCUAUUGUAGUGGACGAGACGACCGAUGAGGAGGAUCGAUACAUGCUCAAUAUUCUGGCAGUGCCAAGCCUGUCGGUGGAAGGCCCGAGGAACGGUGGAAAUAAAAGCGUUGAACCGCUGCUGGAGGCCUAUCUGAUUGAGUGCUGUCUGCUUGAGAUAACCAACUUCAAAACGGUGAGCGAAGCUGUGCUGCGAGCAACACAGAUGGUGAACAUUGAGCCCACCAAAGUGUCUGCGUUUGUGACCGACCAUGCGGCUUACAUGUACAAGGCGUGGGAGAGAAGCCUGAAGCCUAUUUUCCUAAACGCCGUCCACGUGACCAGUGCGGCACACAUAUUGAGCAUCGUGGGCGAGAUUUGGCAGAAUGCGUUCGACGAAGUUAGUCAGCUUAUCGUGGCCAUCGAGAAAUCAUUUUCAGCGUGCCCAGCACGGAAAGCCCGCUUCCGCAACUUCCUGCAGGAGAAGGGGAUGAAGCCAACUCUUCCGCCUGCCGUACAGCCAAAUCGCUGGAGCUCCUGGUUCGAGUCUGCCUCCUACCACCGCCUGCAUCUGCAGGACUACGCGGAGUUCUUCCAGGGCGAGCAGCAGACGAGCGGGAGCAGCGCGGUGGAGGAAGUUGUGGAGCUGGCGCAGAGCGGCAACACUGAGGAGCAGCUCGACGUCUUGGACAGGUAUGGCGGGCACGUGAGGCAAAUGCUCGCCAAGUAUGAGCUGGCACGGAGCACGGCGGCCUGCGUGGUGGACGACCUGCGCGAGCUCGCGUUCUGGGCGCAGGGGGAGGCGGAGGUGGCUUGCACAGUGGCUGCCGAUGCUCUGAUUGCCAUGGCGACACGCCUCUGCCAGUAUGUGGAAUUCGAGAGUCCGUGCCGGUUCACCCAGCCGGCGGCACGCUUCCUGGCCGCCUGCCGAAUGUUCGAUCCGGCCAAGGCCCUGGAGCUGCUCAUGGAUUCGGGGGAAAUAUGCAAUGCGGUUCCUUUGUUGGAAGACAACAUCGCUGGCAUCGCACAGCUCAUCGCAUACUUGGAUAAUCUCGGUGAGUUUGUGCCAUCGGAACCAGUGAUGUUUUGGAGGAAGCUUGCUGACAGAUUUCCCGAGCUCUCGCGGGUAGUGUUGGCAUGCUUGUCUGUGCCCUUGAGCAGCGUCGAUGCAAAGAAGAGCAUUUCCAUGUAUUCUAAUGUUCUUAUGUCUGAGUUCCAUGGCCACAAAUAACAGAUUCUGUGUAUGAUUUGAGCAAGACUACCUGCAACAACUUACAUUGGUGAAUGUUAAGACCUGUGAGACACUGGAGUGAUGUAGACUUCCUAAUAAUUCAUCAAUGGGAUUUGAAUCUCCAAAGAAGUUCUGCCACACACAAAAUGAUGGUCUUAAGAGUCGUAGUUUUGUAUAAGUUAUAUAAAAUGUGGUGUCAUGUGGGUGAGUACGGUCUUAUUGCACAAAAUAAUGUAUCUACUGUAUGUCUCACAAAUAGAAGUGAAUUUGCUCUAA